CAGAAGAAGAAGAGUGUUUAGCCAAUAACGAGCGUACUAGAGCUGCAGUCCGGAAAGAGAUUGAAACUUAAAAAAGGGCGCUUCAUAAAUAAGACAGAAGGAAACUGGAGUCUCCUCGUCACGGUGACCAUGAGUUUCUCCCCUCGUCCUCCCAGUCUUUCUGGGUGCAACAGUAUCCAGGAGCAAAGGGACCGCUGGGAGAAGAAAUGCAGUCGAGCAGUGCAAGAGUUGGUGCAGACAGAGCAACACUACUGCCAACAGUUGGAACUCGUAACCACAUUCUUUGUGGAAAUAUUGAAGGCCAAAGGAACCUUAAAGGAGGAUGUUAGAGAGGGUAUCUUCAGUUCGAUCAAAUCCAUUCUUUCAAUGAAUCUGUCAUUGUUGGUUCAUUUGGAAAAUGGCUAUGUUGGGAAAGGUCUGGAACAGUUCUGCUCACAUUUGCACCACUACAACGCCUAUGUGGACAAUAUCUACAAUGCCAACAAAGUGCUUGCGAUCCAACUGAAGAAAAGCAAGGCUUUCAGACGUUUUAAGAAACUACAAGAAGCCCGACCAGAGUUCAACAACCAGAAACUGGAGGACUUACUUCAAAUGCCGGUUCAGCGAAUUAAUCAAUAUGAGCAUUUACUGCAAGACCUAGCUGCCAACACGAGUCCAGACAACCCAGCGUAUGAACAGCUUUCAAAGGCCUUAGCUGCCGUGUGUGAAGUAUCCCAACGCAUCCAUGACAACGCUCAGCGCCAUGAGAACCACCAGCAGCUUUGCAGAGUGCAAAAACUGCUGAAAGGGCGAAAGACACGGGUGUUGGCUCCAGGAAGAUGGUUCAUUCGUGAGGGUUGGCUGAAGAUUGUCCCUUCAAAAGGCACUGAGACGAAGCCAAAGAUGUUUUUCCUGUUCUCUGAUUUGCUGCUGGAGGCGAAACCCUGUAGUCCACUUUCUGUCUCUAAUGGCAAAAAGUUUGUAGGCCAGCAUGCCUAUCCACUGCAAGAUGCUGCUGUUGAAAAGGUGUUUGGCCACACCAGGAGCCACGGAGGCCUGCUCAGCCUAACCUUCCCCAAAGCAAAACUCCUGCUGAUGUCCAACAACCAUGAUGACUUCAAUGACUGGUAUCAGUGUCUGAGCUCAGCCAUCAGGAAGCUGCAGUCUAAACACACUGUUCUUCAGAGAGAUGAGCCGUGUCGCAGACCUGUCCUCUCACCUGUGGACCAAACCAAUUCAGUCAGGAAGAGAAACAUGACUAGCAUUAAUCCCACCAACAAUGUUCAGAAUACAGGGGCAGAGCUGGAGUGCAGCGCUCCCAAGAGGACAAAGCAGUCUGCUGACGCACAGCAAAGCAGUGAAGAAGCUUCUACCUCCAGCUGUGUGAUCCUCUGAUGGAUUUCUUCGCUCUCAUACAACUAGAGCUUUUUGUUACCUACCGCUGGGGAUAAGUACCUACCGACCCCCACCCCACCCACAACCUUAAUUACCUUGAGUGAGCAUAUAUCUAUUUUAUCUAUAUUAUAAUGAGGACUGUAAUGUAAACUUUCAGUCUAAUCCACGUGAUUUUAAAAUACCAAAGAUGAGGAGCUUAUGUGCAAAAUGGGUUCUGCUAACAUGUAGCAGUAACAAGCUGUAGGAUAAUUGCUCCUUCCUGAAGGCUCCCAUUGUGUUUAUUGAAUGGUUCUUUAUCUCUUUGAAUCCAGGCAAAACAACCUGGUUAACAGAUAUGGAAUGUGAUGUGCAGAAGGUUUUUAUCACUUUGUAGCAUUUAACCUUUAGUCCUACCUUUUAACAGAAACUCUACAAAUAUUAACACUGUUAUGAUUGUUUAAAUAUCAUGCUAUUUUGCUGUUUUUACUUUUCUUGCUUUUUCACAUACUAUUGAAAACUGUUGUCAUAGUUUCAAAUAUAUAUGUAAUUUCCUUAACAAUGAAAAUAAUAAAACUACCCUAGAUGUUU